CGGCAAGCAGUUCAGUACACUGAGUAAUAUGAAGACACACAUGCGAAAAUCACAAUGGGGAGAAAACCGUAUAGAUGUGAAGAGUGUGGCAGACAGUUCAGUAGGCCGGAUAGUCUGAAAAAACACAUGCGGACUCAUACAGGCGAGAAACCCUAUCGGUGUGAGGAGUGCGGCAAGGAGUUCAGCCAGUUAGGUCAUCUAAACGAGCAUACGAAAACUCACACUGGUGCGAAACCGUACAGAUGUGAAAAGUGCGGCAAGCAGUUUAGUCAGCUGGGAAAUCUACAGACACACAUGCGGACUCACACAGGUGAGAAACCGUACAAGUGUGAGGAAUGUGGAAGUCAGUUCAGUGAGUUGGGAAGUCUGAAGAGUCACAUGCGGACUCACACUGGUGAGAAACCCUACAGGUGUGAGGCGUGUAGCAAGCUUAGUCAUUUGUCAAAUCUUAAGAGACACAUCCGGACUCACACUGGUGAGAAAUUCUACAGGUGUGAUGUGUGCAGCGGACAGUUCAGUGACCUGAGUAAUCUGAAGAGUCACAUGCGGACUCACACGGGUGAAAAACCGUACAGAUGUGAAGAGUGUGGCAGUGAGCUGGAUAGUCUGAAGAAACAUAUUAGAAGUCACACUGGCAACAAACCCUACAUUUGCAGGAGUGCAGCAGACAGUUUACAGCACGGAGAAGUUUAAACAGACACAUGCAGACUCACAGAGCCGCAGAAACCGUACAUGUGUUAAAAAAGGCAACAAAAGCUUUCGUAAGAGUGCCAACUGAAAACACUCCGGCGAAAGACUGUCAGUAACGGUUACUGAGUGGCGAUGCUUAAAUAUCCUGACUGUUUGAUCUACAUGUAGUAGUGUACUCUCUACAUGACUCUACUGUGGAGUUAUAGCGCAAUAGAGGUGAUUUUAUAUAACGAUUGAUGGAUGCUUCGUAGCCUGUUGAUAGAGCUAGAAGUCAUGUGCAAAAUGUAAUGCUGUAGUAUUUAGACAAUAGUUACAUGACAGGACACCGUUCAUUUAACGUCAAUGUGUCACUGUCCGUCUGUUAUAGAACUUAGUCGACUACAUGUAGUUUUAUUUGUUUUAGUAUCUGUAAAUACACUAGAUCUUUAGCGUUUGGUUACAGUUGGAGCAUGUUAUUUAUCAAUGCAUGAAAAUGUUGUUUUACUACAAUUCUGUAAGGUAGUGGUAGCUUAGAGUGUAGCGAUUUGUCAACUUUUUGCAUCUCAGUUUGGACAAUAAAGCGCGUUAUGUGCCUUAUUUAUUUGUCAUUAUCGCUUUCAUUUUUCCAUGCUCUACC